AAAGAAAAAUGAAGUUAUCCCCUGAGGCCUACGCCUAUAAAAGGAGUAUUCCCUCCCUCUUUACAUACAUUAAUUCUAUCAGAAGCCUCCAUCAUCUCAUCUAUUGAAUUUAAACCUCAAACCUUGAUUCUAAGAAUUCGUGCCUCACUUCUCUUUCAUUGCGUCCUUCGAGUGUGUAUAUUUUCGUAACCUUCCUCCUUAUACAUAUACCUUCGAAACAGUACGCGAACACUAUUCUCUAGCUGCUCGAAAAUCACUCUUUCGUUGUUUCUGUGUCAGUUCUCAUUAAUUCAAAUAACUUCUAACAAUCCAUUUUCUCGUGAACCCAACUGAUCGGGUGUUAGAAAGUGAAAAUUAAUGGAUCAUGAAGUGUUUGACAACGUGAAAUAUGAGAAAGCCAGAGCAAUGGCGUUCAUGUUUAUUUCCUGGUCCUGGACAUAUCUCCCGGCCGCCGUUAAAUUCUCCGGCGACUUAUUGCUCGAACUCUCAGUUUAUAUAUUCAAUCCUCAUGUCGUUUUUCUCAUUGGCAACACAAUUAUAGUCUCUGUCUUAUUGCUCUGCCGUCGAACAGAAGCCGAUAACCACUCCGUCACUGGCGGUAUCCACCGUGAUGAUGUCCGCUCCCGUGAAGUUCAACUACCGAUCCUCACUACCUGUGACGGCGAUGUGGCAACUUCUUCGCCGUCGGGGAUUGCGGAGCCUAAUUUCGCCGGAGAUGAAAGUAAGCAGAUUGAUAAGGUGCAAAGCAACGCCGCAGAGACGACAAUAGAUGUAACAACGAAGAAUAUACAGAUACUUCAAAGGACUAAAUCGGAGGAUUUGAAGCAAGAGAUUCCUCCAAAAAAGCUCCGUCGUUCCCAGACAGACAUGGCGGCGGUAGACACACUUAGCAACGAAGAAUUUAAGCUUACUAUUGAAGCGUUCAUAAAGAAGAAUCAAAUCUUUUUUGAGAAACAGAGAUUAGCUGAAACAGAGCAGGAAAAAUUGAUCACAUAAGUUUGUGGACAAGGAUUUACAUUUUGAGCGAUUGUAAGAUACUUAUUCAAUUCAUAUCCGUAAUAUUACGAGUUCGAUUUUUAAAACA